AUGUCAGCGAUUCGCGACGAGUGGGACGAGAUUCCGGAUUCGGAACUUCAUGAGACGCUUCUCGAGAGGGUCGAGGGUCUCGGAGAGAUGUUCCCGGACGCACUUCGUUCGUUAGUUCACUCCACAGUCUCCUGGUCUACUUGGGGUGUGAAAGGAGUUUUCUCACUGACGAAAAGCACAGUGUGGGUGGUAUCAACGACGUCGCUCAUCGCCUUCCUUCCAUACAUCAUCGAGAAGGAGCGAAGUGACUUGGAGAAGACCCAAGUCGCCCAACAACGUCAGAUGCUUCUCGGACCAUCGGCCGCCAUUCAACAAGCCAAGACUGCUUAA